AUGGCACGACAACGACGAGCAGAACUACUCCUCUGCAGGGCCACCAACGCUCGGAAAUAUUCAAGGGGCGACUGCCCUGAGAGAUGCCGGGAGCGCCGCCACCGGAGGAUUCAGAUGAGACGGUUGACGCCUUGCUCGUCUGGUCAUAAUGAGACGCCCAUGUCUGAUAAAUAUAUUUCGCUUCACAAUCGAAAGCGGCCACAGUUUAUGGAGGCGGAGGAGGAGGAAGAAGGGGAGGAAGAAGAGGAAAAUACUAAUGAUAAGCCGGUGGAGGAGCUGUCGCCGCCUCCGCGGCUUCAAAACCCAAUGCCGGUUUCUAGUACGAUUGCGAUGAGGGAGUUUGCAGGGCGAAUGGACGGCAAAUUGUGCGUGAAGGAAGACUUUUGUCGACUGGAAUUCGUUGGUGGCGAGCCCUUGCAUUUCUUUGCCGUCUAUGAUGCAAAUCAUGAUGUGCAGGCGUCAGGUCUUUACAAAGAACUGAUGCACCACUUCAUAGCUGAGGAGCUGACGCGCGUCGACAGACACAGCUCGUUGUCAUCGCGAAGCCGGCGGUGGCUGGAGGAUCACCUGCGGACGGCUCUACGGAGGAGCUUCGAGAGGAUGGAUCAAGUGGUUGCGGGACCCUGCAGGUGCAUAGAGAACGGGUAUCCCUGCGCAUGCAAUCCCAUCUGCAGGCUGGCUUUUGAAAGGUCCGCCGCUACGGUGGCUGUAUUGACGGCGGAGCUUAUAGUGGUCGCUCACUGCGGUGUCUCGAGCGCCGUCCUCUGCCGUGGUGGAAUUCCCAUCCCUCUCUCCCAUGAUCAUCAUAAGGUCUUCAGUCGUCGCUAUGUCUCUCGAAGAAAAUCUGAGCCAGAAAGGAUUUGUGGAGUUAGUGAGCGGAUAAUUCCUUAUUGCAAUGGGGUACGAAAGUAUGGAAUUCUUGACAUGUCCCGUCUAGGCAACCGCGUUGUAAGAUCAUCGGCCGUAGCAUCCCAACCAGAGAUUUCCAUAACAGAAAGAAGAGUAGAAGAUGAGUGCUUGAUUCUUGCCAGUUAUGGGAUUUGGGAAGUCAUAUCUAACAACACAGCUUGCCAUAUAGCUACUACAUGUCUUAGAGAUGAGAACAGUACUAAUAGUUCGAAUGUGCCUCUUGGAGAGUUCAACAACAAAUUUAGGCAUGACCAAAUCUUAUUAGAUGAGGAGGUAUUUUCGUCUAAGAGCAGUAAUAUUGAUGCAGCUGCAUUACUCUGUCGCCUCGCGCUUGGUCGUGGAAGCAGUGACAAUAUGAGUGCUAUAGUUGUUGAUUUUAAGAGGCACUUACCGCUGGAAAGGCAAAACUAG